AUGAGUGUCCUCGAACAAAUCAAAUCCAACACCAUUUCUGAGCUCAAUCUUUCGCAAGAUGCGGAUGAGAUUACAGAAAGAACUUCUGAAAUCGUCGAUGCUCUGCGAAGCAACAAGAGCAUCGUGUCCGUUCGCUUCGAGGGAGAGUUCCUUGGAGCCAUGAGAAACGAUUCUCGUCUCGAAGUCGUGGAGGCCAUUGGGGCGAUUCCAACAUUGCAACUAGUCUAUCUUGCUGAUACUCUGCUUGUUGUCAGCGGUAUCGCAAAUAUGCUCUGCAAAGCAACUGGUCUUCGCGAACUUUCCAUCAACAACAUUGUUCUUCAAGGGAUUGGAUCUGAUUUUUCAUUCUUUGAAGCAACCCUAGCCUCGCACAACUCCCUCAAGAUUUUCAAGAUGGAGAAGUGCAGACCAGCUGUGGCAGAAAUCUCACUUGACGGCUUGACCACCUCUACUACCCUGCUUAGUAAGAUUUCUGACCCUGUGCGCAAUGGGCCAAGCGCCCAGACAGCGUAA